AUGUCUGGAAUCGCGAGGGCAGAAGAGGACCUGAGAUACGCGACACGUUUCGUGAAGCCGAUUUUAGGGAUAGUCGGUGCGUGGCCGAUUCCAGUGAACUCCUCUCCGUUCACGAGGCUAGUACGGCGAAUAGAACACGUAGUCACCUAUUUCCUCUUCUUUCUGAUGAUCGUACCUGGCCUCUUGUACGUGUUCCUGAAGGAGAAGAACGGCAAAAUUCGCCUGAAGAUUCUCGGGCCGAUCGUGAACUGCAGCAUACAGUUCUUCAAGUACUCCGUCAUUCUCUACCGGAUCGACAAAAUUCAGAAGAGUUUGAACACCAUCAGACGCGACUGGAUAGAGGCUACGGAUGAAAAUCGGUUGAUUUUCCGCUCGAAAGCGAAGAUCGGGCGAAGAGUGUUGCUGAUUGCAGCCGCCACUAUGUACGGCGGUGGUUUGUGUUACAGGACGAUUCUUCCUUUGUUGAGAGGAACGAUCGUAACACCUGAUAACGUUACCAUAAGGCCGUUGCCGUGUCCGGUUUACUUUGUUUUCUUUAACGAGCAACGUUCGCCGAAUUACGAGAUUGUUUUUAUACUGCAAAUUAUGGCUGGUUUUGUUACUUACGCUGUUAUCAGCGGCACAUGCGGUAUGUGCGCGCUGUUCGUUCUCCACGCGUGCAGCAUGCUGAGGAUUUUGGUGAACAAGAUGAACGCACUUGUGGAUAAGGCGGACAUGACCGAGACACUUGUGCACAGGAAGAUCGCUGAUAUUGUUGAAUAUCAGACGAAGAUAAAGAGAUUUUUAAAGAACAUUGAAACAAUUACAGAGUACAUUUGUUUAACCGAAAUGGUGGGCGGUACGGGUCUAGUAUGUCUCGUGUAUUAUUACAUUCUCAUGGAAUGGGAGAACAAUAAUACAACAGCGGUUAUAGUGUACAUCACGUUGCAGAUAUCUUGUACAUUCUGCGUUUUUAUACUAUGCUACAUCGGGCAGCUUCUUAUCGAUCAAAACCACGUCGUGGGAUUGACAUCUUGCACGGUGAAUUGGUAUCGUCUUCCAAACAGACAUGCGCGCUCUAUGAUACUGAUAAUUGCCAUGUCUAAUUACCCAAUAAAAUUAACAGCUGGUAAAAUGUUCGAAAUGUCUUUAGCUAGUUUCACCGAUGUAAUGAAGGUGGCGAUGGGAUACUUCAACAUACUCCGUGAAGUCGUAUAA